AACAGUUGUUUCCUAGUCUUUACUCGUUCACUUCAUGUCUACAAUUUAGAUGUAGUUUGUUUUUCUGUCCGUAAUUUACGAAUAUCCAACAGCCAAAAUGGUGAGUCGUUUUAUUUUGUAUCCGUUUUAAUCUCAUAUUCUUUAUUUCGUAAAUGUACAAGACUUUCAACUUCGGGUUCUGAAAAAUAUCUUCUGUUAAACAUUCCCAAGAAUUAUUACACGAAAUUAUUAAAUGAGAAAAUCCAGGCUUUCCAUCAAACAUAAGUCUAUUAUUAUAUUGAUUUUUUUUUUGUCUUUAUAAAUUUCACAUAAAGAUUUUCGAAUUGUUUCAAAAAAAAAAUAAUAACAUUUUAAUAUCUUGGUUAUUUUGAUCUUCUAUAAUUUGAAUAAUUAUUAUUUGAACACAAAAUACUGAAGUGUAUUUAUUGAUGGUAUCUUAACUUAAGCUUAAUAUCUAAAAAUCGGUAGCUUCAAGUAUAAAUCAUGAUUUUUACAAACACUGUUAGCAGUACUUCCAAUAGACAGACUAUUUUUAUAUUUGUCAAUUUCAUUUCUUAUUAAUUAUACCUAUGACAUUAAUUUUGUGUAGGUUGAAUUAUUAAUUUGUUGUUAAUUGCAAAUAAUUUUUACUACCUAUAAUGGAUAUAAUAUUUAAUUUGACAUAUUAGUACCUGUGGUAUACUAAUUUGUAUAUACAUUUUCAGGUUGCUAAUACUUCUACCGCUACAAUUCGAACUCGUAAGUUCAUGACUAACCGUCUACUAUGCAGAAAACAAAUGGUAAGUCAAUCUAUAGAACAACAUUACUGACUCAAAUUCCAUUAUUAUUAACUAGUAAUAACAAACUCAUGUGAUUUAAGUAACUAAAGGUUAUUGUUUGAUAAUUUAUCAGUUUUAAAUAAACUUGGUUAUUUAUUCUUGAAUGCAUAUUCUUUAAUACAGGUCUAUUACCUUUGUUUAGGUAACUUUACCUGCUUUUACAAUUUAAAUUUGGGUAAAUUAAACUAUUAAAUUACUGAAUAGAUAAAACUACUUUCAUAUUUUAAUUUUAUAGUCUUUUGUCUAAAGAUAUUUACAAAUUUAAAUCUAUGCUUUAUGGUAUUGUCACCAUACUCUUAACACUGCUAUUCAAUUGUUAGAACUUCUCAUAUAAACAAAGUGAUCUUAAACUAGUUUGUACACAUACUAAUCAAUUUCAACAAUAAAGCUACUGAUAGAGUAUGAAUUAAAUUACAUUUUACUGUGCUAAAAUGUUACUAAAUAUGGUGAACUAUCUUGUUUUGUAAUUUUUAAUAAGUACUGAGUAUCUAAUAGGUAUAAUAAUAACUAUUCCAUAAAAUUAAAGAUAGUAGUUUUUAUUAUGCUUUAAAAGAUAUUUCCCAUAUCAUAGUUAUAUUUUUAACUUUAAAAAAUAAAGUAUAUUAAUUUAUAAUGAAUAUAUUAGAAAUCUGUCUUUGAAAACAUAAAUAAAUGUUUUCUUCUUAAUUUAAUUUCAUAAAAUAAUUUUUAUUUUGAUUUUAUUAAUUGAGAAAUGCUAUUGGUAGUAUGCAAAUAUUACUGUGGCGUUUCUUUUUAAGCUACUCAAUUAUUACUGUGAUAAUUCAGUGAUUCAGUUUAUUUGUUAUUAUAUAAGACAAUCAAUUUCCAUAUUAUGCUACUGCAUUUCACUUGUAAAAUUUAAUUAAUUAAAUAAAUAAAAUUAAUUUUUAAUCAAUUUAGGUAGUUGACGUCAUGCACCCUGGAAAGCCGUCUCCAAAGAAGACUGAUAUUCGAGAAAAAUUAGCUAAGAUGUUCAAAGUUUUACCUGAUGUUGUAUUUGCUUUUGGGUUCCAAACUUGCUUUGGAGGUGGAAAAUCAACUGGUUUUGCUCUUAUCUAUGAUACUUUAGAUCAUGCUAAGAAGUUUGAACCAAAAUACAGACUACAAAGGGUAUGUUUAAACUUAAAAAUAUGGACCUUUUCUAAUAACUAUACAGGAUAUAACGGGACUAUUUAUCAAAUAUAAUAAGUUUUUUUUGUUUUAUUAUUAUUAUAGCAUCUUGACAUCGCAAUUUAAAAUCAAAUUAACAAGAUAUAAAUUUUAAUUUUAAUAAAAUAUAAAAAUUAAAGUGCAGGGCUCUAAUCAUUAUGAUAGUAGUUAUUCAGUAGAAAAUAAUUUCUUAGAUUUGUUAAUCAACCUGGAUUUAUAAUAUCUUAAAACAUUGUGACUCUUUGGUUAAAUUAAGGAUAGAGGACCUAUUAUAUGUUUUUUAUAAAAAAAAAAUACUUCAACCUUAACUCUUAAUCAUAUGCUUUAAGUAUACAAUACAACUUAAGGUGGGUAUCUACUACGCACGGCAAACCCUUGAACUCAAAAUUUGCCGCAUGGCAAGCCAACUUGUAAUUGGGAUGGUUUUUUCGUUAUUAUUUUGAUUGCAUACUACUAUGGAUAACAAAAAGUGUUUUGAUUUGAUAGAAUUGUAUAGCGCUAAAGAUUUUUUGUUGAAUUAUAAAUCUCCACUUUACUACAACAAAUCUUUUAGGAAAGAUGUGUGGAAUAAAAUUGUGUUCAUUUUCUUAACCUAUACCUAAAUUAAUGAUUUCAAGUGCUCAAAUUCUAAAGUUGUCAGUCUUAAUUGUAUUUUUAAUUACUUCAUGUCUUCUAUAAUUUUCACACCAUACUGCAUUCAAUUUAAAUACUAUCAUUUUCAUCAAACCGCUGGAUCACAUGCCACACUCUAACAAAAGUUGAUACUAAAACGGGCUCUUGCGACUGCUGCCUGUAAUCAAUACCCGCCUAUACAAGGUGUAAGUGGUAUAAUUUACAUUUUUACAUGUGUAACUACAAUGUUGCUUAUCAUUUCAGUUUGGUAUUAAAAAUCCUCAUACACUAAACAUUGCAAACAAUAGUUUUUUGGGAUGGUAUCUAACCUUUGUUUUUUUAUAAUUGGCCUCGUUUUAUGUCACCUUUUUUUAAUAAUUACAGUUAUUUGGUAAAUACAUUUUUCAGUGUUAUUAAAUGUAAUUUUAUGGUCCAGAUAGCUAUUUAAGAAAGAUAUGAAAGGAACAAAUUAAAUUUGAUUAUGAUUGAUUAAUAAUAAAAUUGAUAAGGAAAUAUCUAGUGAUUCUGCAUAUUACGGUUAUUUACCUUAAAAUAAUAAUAAUUUGUAUUAUUGUUAUUAUACCUACUCUAUUAGUUUUCAUUUACUCUUAACAAUAAGCGCAUUGCCUAAACAACUAGGUAUUUAGGGCAUAAAUUAGAAAUGUAGAUAGCCAUCAAUUUUCCUACCCGAUUUAGCAUAAAGCCCUGGUUUUCUACCUCGGGUUCACCAAAAACUAACUAUCAAUUAGGGAUAUUGUCAAUUGUAGUAAUCAAGGUAUAUCCAACAAAUUUUGAAGGGAUUGUCUUGUAAAAAAAAAAUGAGGGUCAUAAUUUGAACAAGGUUAAAAACCACAGAUAAGAUAAUCUUUAGUAUCCAUAAAUUAUGUUGUCUUUUUAUUCAACGUGCUCAAUAUUUUAUGCUGUACAUUACUAAGGUUUGUGGUAAUAAGAAUAUUCUAUUCCAAAAGAAAUUACCGCAAAUAUAUAGAGCAAAUUGAACUAUCAUUUACAUCUACAAAGCACCUCGUGGCUUUUGGUAUUUGUUAAAAAUGUCCAGCAAGCAAGAAUGACAUAUAUCUUUCUUCAUUCAUCUUUUGAUUUAUUUAGCAGUAUUUCUUUUAGCGCUAAUAACAUUUUUAUCCUGUCGUCUAUUUAUAAGUGCAAAAUAAUAUGAUUAAUUAAUUAUAACCUGGUCUUAUAACGUUUCUGACUCCUUUUAUUUAGUGUUUUUGCGAGUAUGAUAUUAGAAAUCUUGAUUUCAAAUUCAAUAAAGGCCUUAAUUCUAGCUUGCAUGUAUUACAAUGUUGUAAAUCAUUUGAUAUUUUAAUUUUGAUAAUGAGACUACAGAGAUUUCCAAUUUCAAACAUUAACGUGUUUUAUUGACUGGUACAAUAUUAUAAUAUAAAUCCGUUAUCAAGGAUCCAUAUAACUUUGGGAUUCAAAUCAGUUAGAAAGAGUCUAAUAUACAUUUUUGUUGAAUUUUUUUUUAAAGAUCUCCAAUGUGAAACAUAAUUGAUUAGCUUAUCACACUGAAUGUUUCUUCCCUAGUGACUUAAUGCAAAUGAAAAAUUUGUAUGGUCUAUUAUCUGGAGCAUUUGAUUUAUUUACCCUCUUGUCUUUAAUUAAUUUCAUGACCAAUGAAUCAAUCUAUAGAUAAAUGUAGUCAAUGCGGACCCUUCCUUAGGUUAAAUAUCAAAUUAUUAUUUGUAUCUUAACUAUUUUUGUCAUUUAUUUAUUUAUUUUAAUGUACCUUAUUGUUUAUUAAAGUGCUCGCCUGUAAAUAAAAUAAGUAAAUCAAAAUAAUAGAAACAAAAACUUAGUUAAAGUAUUUUUACAAAUAUUAAUGUAAUAAAUAUCUAGUCUAUUUGCUUGUGGUUCUCAUAAAUAAUAUGAACACAACUGAAUAUUAUUUUGUAAUUUGUAUUAUCCUCAAAUAAAUGAAAUUUAAAUCCAAAUUAAAUGAAUACUAGGUAAUGCAAACUAACAACAGUGACAUUUUUAAUUAAAAUAUGAUGUAUGAAUGAUGAUCAGAUGAAAAUAAGAAUAUUUACAUUAUCAGCUGUAAAUUAUCUAUUGAAUAAGAGUUAUUUGAUACAAAAAGUAACAGAUAAUUCUAACGUAACUGUUUUCAACAAAAAUUCUUACAUUUGUUCAACUAAUUACUAUCUAUUUUUAGUUGCAAUUACUAUUUGUCGAAAAACUCGUGUUAUCUAACUGGAUAUUAAUGAAUCUAUUACACUAAACUAAUAAAUUGUAAAAUUGUUUAAAGGAAUGGGUAGAUAUAAUCAAAGUUAAUAACUGUAAUGCAAUAUGGGUGAGAUUUUGUCAAACGUAGAAAAAAAAUUGUUUUACUGUAUUACUAAUAACCAGAAAUACCUUUAGGGCAAUUUAACAGCCAAUGUAAACUAUUUAGAAUGCUAAUUAAAAGAGGUUUUGAUAACCCUUUAUUGCUAAAAAAUGUUAAAUUUUAUAAAAGUAUUGGUCUAUAAGUUAUAAUACAUGAAUAAUUGUAUUUUUAGCACGGACUAUUUGAAAAGAAGACACAGACCCGAAAACAGAGGAAAGAAAGGAAGAACAGGAUGAAGAAAGUUCGGGGUACCAAAAAGACUAAAGUUGGUGCAACAUCAGGAAAAAAGGUAUAAUAAUAAUUCUUAUAUAAUAAUUACAAUAAUAAACUGAUUUACUUUUCUUAUGUUUUUUUCAGUAAAAUGAUUGUUAGAAGUGUAUGAAAGAAAGAAGCAGCUAAUAUGCUUUUAAAUGUAAAUACACUUCUUUAAUAAAAUUGUUGGACUUAAUUCCAUUAUUUUUUAGUUUGAUACCUUUUUUCUUUCAAUUUAUUAGAAAAUUUGUUGUAUCCGAUCAUUUUCUUUCCUUUAUCAGAUCUUUCACUAUCAUCUGUUUUCUUUUAACCAUGUCAUAUGUGUAUGUCUAUAAAACAUAUAGUAAAACAAAUGCGUAUAAAAACAAAAAUUUCAAUAUACUCCCAAGGUUCUACAAUUAGUUAUUUUAUGUUAUCAAUCCAUUUUCAUUUUUUAUAAAUUACUUGUCAAAGUGUAUAACACAUUGUACAUUGUGAAUAUUAUUAAUGUUUGAAAUAAAACUUGACUUCUAAGUAAGUGUGUAUAAUAUGUUCAUUGC